UGCCAUCUGGCAACUCAAGAGUGGUGGAACUUUGUUAAAUUUGUUAAAUUUUUUAUUUUAAUUUUGUACGUAAACAACGCUAUGAAAAUAAACAAUUAAAUAGCACAAGGCCGGCGUAUAAUGUUUAACUAAGUGUUGAUUGUGUUUGUGUGCGUUGUUAACCGCUACGAAAGAAACGCAGUGCUAGCGGCACCUUGAAGAUUUUUUUUUGGCAAAAAAAAGUCAAGCGGCACCGAAAAUUUAACAUAUCACGGUGAGUGCCUAGGACACCGUCUCCCGGUAGCAGGAUGGCGGAUAUAGUUUAUCCGAAUGGUUGUAGACCCUUGAUGGAAGAUCUGGGCACGGAUGAACUGAUAAGGCGUCUCAAGACUCUGGCGAAUGUCCUACAGACUAUGGAACAGGAUGAGAAUCUCUAUCAACAGUAUAUACCAUUGGCUUUACAUCUUCUGGACGAUUUCUUCAUGCAGCAUCCUUCUAAGGAUGUUCAAUUAUUGAUUGCCUGUUGUAUAGCCGAUGUAUUGCGUGUCUACGCCCCGGAGGCUCCAUACAAAGAGCAAGAGCAAAUCAAAAUAAUAUUCAAGUUUUUCAUCAAACAAUUGCAUGGCCUUAAGGAUCCAAAAGAUCCUUCAUUCAAACGUUAUUUCUAUUUCCUGGAAAAUUUAGCCUUUGUUAAAUCGUUCAAUAUGUGCUUCGAAUUGGAGGAUUGUCAGGAGAUAUUCCAUGAACUAUUUAGCACUAUAUUCAGAAUUGUCAAUGACCAGCAUAGCGCCAAGGUUACAAAUUUUUUUCUAGAUGUCCUCAGUCCUUUGAUAACAGAAGCGGACAAUUUGAGAGUUGAAUUGCUGGAUUUAAUAUUGAUAAACAUUGUUGAACCAAAUAAAUCCAGCAAUAAAUAUGCCAGCCAACUGACCGAACAACUGCUACGCAAAACAGGAGAUGCCCUAGAGUCCACCAUUAAUAUUUUUUUCAAUCGUCAUUUGGUGAUGGAUAAACCAAACACCAAACUGUCCAUCAGUAAUAAGAUCUAUGAUGUGCUCUAUGAGUUAAAUCGCAUCAAUGGAGAUCUUUUGGUAUCCGUUUUACCUCAAUUGGAAAACAAAUUGCUGUCCACCGAUGAUGCUGAAAGGCUGAGGGCCACCACAUUGCUGGCCCGCAUGUUCUCCGAGAAGGACUCACAACUCUCGAAGAAAUAUCAAAAUCUCCUGCGCACAUUCUUUGGUCGCUUUUGUGACAUCAAGGAAUCAGUGCGGGUGAAAUGCGUUCAAUCCUCAAUGCAUUUCCUUCUCAAUCAUCCUCAUCUGCAGGCGGAUAUCACUGACAAACUGCGUUUACGCAAUCACGAUCUGGACGAGGUGGUGCGCCAUGAGGUUGUCAUGGCCAUUGUAGAGACUGCGAAACGUGAUUUUAACAUAGCCCUGGAAUCACCGGAAUUGCUUGAAAUUGUACGAGAACGUACUCUGGACAAGAAGUACAAAAUACGUCGGGAUGCUAUGAAUGGUUUGGCCUACAUCUAUAAGCGAGCCAUUUGUGAGCCAAAUGAUUUAGGAAUGGAAGUAAAGCUGCGAGUCGAUUGGAUUAAAAACAAAAUCUUACAUGGCUAUUACAAAGUGGGCUUAGAGGAUCGUUUGCUGGUGGAACGCUUGCUCAUCACCUGCCUGGUGCCAUAUAAAUUGGCACCAGAAGAAAGAAUGAAGAAGUUGUAUCAUUUACUUGGUGAUCUCGAUGCAAAUGCCACAAAGGCAUUUGUUGAAUUGCAAAAGAAUCAAAUGAAGACAAGGAAUACGGUUAGCGAUUGGAUUAAAUUGCAUCACUCGAAGGAGUUUACGCCGCGAGUGCUAAGCCAACUCCAAGCCAAACAGGCCACCAUUGCCAAAUUACUGCCGGAUCCAUUGAAAGCUGCCGAAUUUUUAACACAGUUUAGUAAUAAUCUACGCAAAGACUCUCAGCUUUUGCGCUGCAUAAAUAUAGUACUGAAACGUGAUGUUAGCUGUCGGGAAUGCGCCGAUACCAUGGGUGUGCUUCUCAAAAAGUUGGGCGCCCACAUUCAAUCAAAUCUGUAUUAUAAUACGGUCAAAAUGCUGAUCGAACGCGUAGCCUCUGUGAUGGUGGACAAGGAGUCAAUUGGAGUACUUAUUGGGUUGAUUGAAAAAUGCAUACAGGGUGGUUCCAUUUGCGAGGAUAUUGGCAUCAAUCGUCAUGAGGCUGGCGAACGUGGCCUUAAGCUUCUCAGUAUGCUCUCCUAUGUGUUCUCCGCCCACUUUUUUACGGACACCUCAUUGCGUCAUUUGAUUUCGUUGCUCAGCUAUGAGAAUGAAUAUGUGGCUCCAUUGGUUCUAAAGACUUUAACCCAUUUAGGACGCUAUCAGCCAUUGGUGGACGAUGCCAAUCCCAUUAUACUUAAUGAGUUGGCACCCAUUUGUAAGGAUUUCGCCUUGAUUGGUACACCGAAGCAGGCCAAGCAUGCGGUACGCUGCAUAUUCGUCAAUACCCAAUCAUCAACCGGCACUGGACCUGAUGGCAAUGGAGCAGCAGGUGGAGCAGGUGUUGGUCUCGGCGGCGGCGUUGGUAGCGGCAACGGUGCCGGAGCAAGUGCAUCAACCACUACACAGACUGUGCAUCCCAUUUUCAAUGAGAUCAUUGAAUUGUUGCGCCUAAAACUCUCACCCAAUUGCGAUCACCAGCGAACGAAAAUUGUGACUCUGGGUCACAUAGCCUUCAAUAUGCCACAGGCAUUCCUCACACCCAUCAAGAACAUGAUAGCACGACGCAUAGUCAAGGAAUUACUCAUACAGGAAGUGCCCGCGCAAAGGGAUUAUGAACUGCCGGAUGAGGCUAGCGAUUGGUGUGCCCAGGAGGAACUGCCGCCAGAUACUCUAUGUAAACUGGACGCCCUAAAGACAAUGGCCCGUUGGCUAUUGGGUCUUCGCACUGAUGAACAUGCCGCCCAGAAGACAUUUCGCAUGCUUGCUGCCUUUGUUAAUCAGCGUGGCGAUCUUUUGGGGCAGAAUCGUUUGUGUGGGGCAGAGAAAUCCUGGCUACGCCUCGGAGCAGCCUGCGCCAUGCUCAAGGUGUGCGAACAAAAGGGUGUCGGGGAUCAAUACAGUGCCGAGCAGUAUUUGCAGCUUUCUCAGCUAAUGGUCGAUCCAGUGCCACAGGUAAGAGAAAUCUUUGCCCGCAAGUUGCAUAAAGGUUUGGGUAAGAGUUUACCAAGGAACUGUCUACCCUUGGAUUUUAUGGGCAUGUAUGCACUAUCUGGCCUGGAGACUGAUAGAAAAUUGCAGGAUCUGGUGCGUCAUUAUGUGGAGGCGGAUAUUAAUAAACGUCGCGAAUAUCUCAAGACUGUGGCCAUGACAUCUCCCGAUAGUUCUACGGACUCACAAUCGCUCUACAUUCUACCUGACUAUAUGCUGGCCUUUGCCAUACCCGUACUGGUGCACGAUCCAAGCUUUACGAAUCAUGAGGAUUAUGUACAAUUGCGUAAAAUGGAGAAAUGUUUACGUUUCAUAUUGGAGCCGUUGAUGGCCAAACGUGAUACAUUUGUCUAUGGUUUCUAUCAGCAGAUGCUGCAAAUGAUCAAACAUCGUGAGUUCAGUCAGAGCACCGACAAGCGAGAUAACUAUAAAAUGUGGGCACUCUGCGAUCUCGCCAUAUAUAUUAUUGAUGCCAAAGUUGGUCUUGGUGACACCAAUGCAAAAGAUUUCGAUAAGAAUCUGCCCUUGCCAGAGAUGUAUUAUCGAAUGCCUGCCGCAGCCAAUUUUAAGAAUAUCGACAUCUAUAUACCCAUGGAUGUUUAUACGCUGGGUCCCAAAUCCUCUAGUAAGCCAUUGGCGGUAACAGCGGUGAAAACAGCAGCAGCAUCAACCACAACAACAACACUGCCGUCGACAACAUCGAGAGCUGCUGUUGGCUUGACGACGAAACGGCCAGCAGAAAAAUCACUUCUAACCAAUGAUAAAACUCAGGUUGUUAAUGUAUUUGACAACAUACGAGUUGUCGAUACGACGGAACCCCUAGCCAAGCGGACGCGUGGUGGGGCUGCAGCAACCACAAAUUCGUAAGAUAUGGCAAGAUGACAAGGAAUGAGCAGCAUACAAAUCAACAACAAAACAAACAAAAACCAUAUAAGAAGAGAAAUAAGAAAACAUUAAUGAGCGCAUAAUUGUUAGUUUAGUUACUGUUUAGUCUAGGGCGCUCUUAAGUUAACUAAAUAUUUAAGAUGUAGUCUGAUCAGAUUGUGGACAAAAGAAUGAUCUACAAUAGUUGUUAAACCGACACUACCUACAACAACAAGAACAACAACCAACUUAAUCGUAAACAUAAAAACAUCAAACAAAACAAAAACAAACAUCCACAUAAGGUAUUUGCUAAUUCAAAGAGAAAUUGUAACAUAUUUAUAAAAAAAAAGAAAACAAAAAUAGAUCUGUGGAUUGAGAC